ACUUCUUCUUGCUUUUAUUUUUUUCCCAUCACCCCCCCAAACACCAACUUCUCUUCUCUCUCUCUCUUAAAGUUCCCAAUUUUCAGUUGUCAUCAUCACCUUCAAUGACUUGCUUAGAGGUCAUGUCCAUGGAGGGUAAGUUCAAGGGAGAAGCAGAAGAGUGUACUCUUGAUGGAAGUGUUGAUUUGCAAGGCCAACCGGCAAUACGAGAAAGAACUGGCAAAUGGGUUGCUGGAAUUAUCAUCCUCUUGAAUCAAGGCUUGGCAACCCUUGCAUUCUUUGGUGUUGGAGUGAACUUGGUACUGUUCCUGACAAGGGUUUUACAGCAGAACAAUGCCGACGCAGCUAAUAAUGUCAGCAAAUGGACUGGAACCGUCUACAUCUUCUCCCUGGUCGGGGCUUUCCUCAGUGAUUCCUACUGGGGUAGAUACAAAACAUGUGCCAUCUUUCAGGUCAUCUUUGUCGUGGGUUUGAUUUCACUGUCACUAGCUUCACAGUUUUUCUUGCUCAAUCCUAGACAUUGUGGAGAUCGAACGACUAAAUGUGAAACGCAUUCAAGCUGGGAGAUUGGGUUAUUCUAUCUCUCUAUCUACAUGAUUGCUCUUGGAAAUGGAGGGUACCAACCUAACAUUGCUACAUUUGGGGCGGAUCAGUUCGACGAAGAAGAUCCUAAGGAGGGACUCUCAAAGGUGGCCUUUUUCAGCUACUUCUACCUUGCUCUGAACCUUGGUUCACUCUUCUCAAACACCAUACUAGGAUAUUUCGAGGACGGAGGAAUGUGGGCUCUCGGGUUUUGGGUGUCGGCUGCAUCUGCCUGUGCAGGACUAGUCUUGUUCCUCAGUGGGACCUCGAGGUACAGGCAUUUCAAGCCGAGUGGCAAUCCUCUUUCCAGGUUCUGCCAAGUGAUAGUCGCUGCAGCGAAGAAAUGGAGGGUUGAGAUGUCAACAGGUGAAGAAGAGAACUUUUAUGUAGUGAAUGAAAAGGGGAGCUCCAUGAAUUUUAGAAAGAUGCUUCACACCGAUGGAUUCAAGUUCCUGGAUAAAGCAGCAUACAUUACAUCAAGGGAUUUAGACAAUCAGAAGCAGGGUCUGCACGACACAUGGCGCCUCUGCCCCAUUUCGCAAGUUGAAGAGGUAAAAUGCAUCUUGAGAUUACUGCCAAUUUGGCUGUGCACCAUAAUAUACUCGGUUGUCUUUACCCAAAUGGCUUCACUCUUUGUUGAGCAAGGUGCGGCUAUGAAAUGUACAAUUUCAAACUUCAGAAUCCCUCCUGCCAGCAUGUCUAGCUUUGACAUUCUAAGCGUAGCGCUCUUCAUUUUCUUAUACCGGCGAGUACUUGAUCCGGUUGUGAGCAGAAUAAGGAAGAAAGGUUCUAAAGGGCUUACUGAACUUCAGAGGAUGGGGAUUGGACUUGUCAUAGCCGUAAUGGCUAUGGUCUCAGCUGGAAUUGUGGAGUGUUACAGACUUAAGUAUGCCCAAAAAGAUUGCACUCAUUGCCAAGGCUCGAGCUCAUUGAGCAUCUUCUGGCAAGUUCCUCAGUAUGCUUUCAUAGGAGCCUCGGAAGUUUUCAUGUACGUUGGCCAAUUGGAAUUCUUCAAUGCACAAGCACCAGAUGGGUUGAAGAGCUUUGGGAGUGCGCUAUGCAUGACAUCCAUUUCACUAGGAAACUAUGUCAGUAGCUUGCUUGUGACCGUGGUGAUGAAAAUAUCGACCACAGACAAUAUGCCAGGAUGGAUCCCAGGAAAUCUGAACAAAGGCCAUCUAGAUCGGUUUUUCUUCCUCCUCGCAGGUUUGACAACCAUAGAUUUGGUUGUUUACAUCGCAUGCGCCAAGUGGUACAAAAAAAUCAAACUCAAAGGUAAAUGUGUAGAAAUUUCAGGGAAAGACAACCCUUCCGAUGUCUAAGAUGAAAGGAGGGUUAUUCUAAGGGAAAUGGUGCCGAAAAAUAUAAAUAAACGGGUAGAAGAGAUUGUCAGAGACAGCUUUGUACAGACUGAAUUCAAGGACAGUAGGCAUUUGUGUGAGGGUAAGAGGAACUCUUUUCAAUCAACUCGCUUACGCCCCUCUUUUCCUCCAAUUUUACAACACCACUCACUGAAUUUGGUCUGUUCACAUGUGAUGCAAAGAGGUGGGUUAAAUUUGAUUAGGGGGUUUUUCAGGUCUUCCCACCUCAUUUCAUUUGUUGGUUCAGUUGCGAGCACAUCAUUGUAUGUGAAAGCUGUACUCUUGGACACUAAUAAAGGAAUCCCUCCCCCCAUUUUUCUUUUUCUUUUUGUAUUUUGAUGGUUCAUAAAAUUCAAACUCUGACGUUCGCUGUACAAUAGCUCUCAAAUUAUCACCGAGCCCGAGGCAACAGUUUCAUCACAACAAUCAAGUGAAUCACAUUUGCAAGAAUUUCACUAAAA